GAAAUGUACUUUAAAAAUACACUGUAAAUAAACAGUUUAAUGUCUACAUUGAUCUGUCUAGAAUAAUUAAAUUAGGGUUUUGUUACGUUGGUGGUGCUAUACGAAGUUAACUCGUCGAAACAUUUUUCUUUUGGUUGUGCUGUUUUUGCCUACGCUACUACUAGUAGUACUAGCAGGUGGGAGCCGUGCAAUAACGGAGUGACCAAAUGGAGGAGAAGAAGUUAAAAAGAAAAAGCCCCAAGACCUCCACCAGCCAGGCAGCUCCCACUGGCAAUAGUAAGAAAAGUGCUAUGCCUACCAGUAGAAGCACAGCCUUCACCAAUAUGGGGGCGCAAACAUCAAGUCAAAAAACAAAAUUGAAAAGGGGCAUGAGAGAUAAAACAAGAUCCCAGGGUGCAGCUGGAAAAAGCACCCAGUCAGCACCAAUCCAGCACUCCUUUUUGACUGAUGUGUCUGAUGUUCAAGAGAUGGAAAAGGGCUUGCUCAGUCUCCUCAACGACUUCCACUCUGGCAAACUCCAGGCCUUUGGUAAUGAGUGUUCAAUCGAUCAGAUGGAACAUGUGCGGGAGAUGCAGGAGAAGCUGGCUCGUUUGAACUUUGAUCUCUACGGGGAAGUUGAGGAGUUGCCAGAGGACCAAAGAAAGGGGGCCAGCGACUCUAAUCUGGACAAGCUGAUGUCAAAUCUGGAGGAACUCAGUUCUUCAAUACAAAAAUUAAACCUGGCUGAUAUUCAGGAAGUCCCCCGGACCUCUGGCAUCUGAACAUACAGACAUGAACUUCAUCCUAGGAGAAACUCAACAGACUUCUCAGUAAUCUAUCAAAUCAGCACCAACUGAUCUGAUUUAAGAGCAUGUGCAAUAUGACACACUUUUUUUUCAGAAUUUCAGAUUAUAAAUUGUUGAUAGAUGAAAUGGUAGCUGGAUUACAAGUUGAAAGUUAAUGCUGUAGCUAAGUAAACUGGCUAAAUGCUAUUGUAUGAUUUAAAAUGUAAACAUAUUUAAACCUGUACUGUAUUUCUUUUUAUCAUAAUGCAAUUAAUUUAUCAAAACUUUCAGUGGAUUAUUAGUCUGUGCAUCCAUUAUUGUAAAACAAGAUACGUAGAAAUACUAAAAAGAAACCUCACAAGAUGGUGAUAAAGACUUCCCAUCAAAACAUUUAUCUAAGAAUUUUACUAUGGAUGUUUCUUUUUAGUAUUUCCUUUUUAUUCUCUUUUGCUAAGUACCUGUGAAGUGUGCUUUUAACAUGCCAGUUCUUAUUUUAUGCAUAUUGACUUUGGACAAUCUUUUAUCACCCAAUCCCCCAUCUAUGGUAACUCAGAGUGCCAAGAAUAUUAAAGUGUGUACUGUGUAAACGAAA